CUAUGAUGUUUCUAUGAGGGAUCUGCAAUGCAAUGAACGUUGUUUAUAGAGGCAGGUGGAUAUGACGUCACGGCCUUUGGAUUGAUCAAAACAACAACAUCCAAAUCCGCGAUUCUUCCUUUUUUUUCUCCUUCUUUUCUCGGCGUGUUAAAAUCUAAUAACAACAUUAAGAAAGGAGCUCGUGCCUUUCCUUACGAGGCAGGCUGGGAGGCAGCGAGUGUGAAACUCCAUAUUUUGCUCUUUUUCGACGCCCUCGGGCAACAUGGAAAGGAAGUGAAGUCGGCUGCUUUGGGAACAAUCUAAAGCCACUAGUGAAAGUUGGUUACGUCAGAACUACUGUGAGCUGAAUUCUGAUUGGAAGAAUGGAGUGCCAGUCUGUCCUGCACCAGUGAUCAGGCCAGGAGACUCCAGUGGUGACAUCCUGUGGAGCCAGAGAUCAAAGGUGAGGAGGCUGUUUUACCACCGCUGGAACUGAAGAUUGCUUUAAAUAAGCAAGCCCUUGUAGAAGGUUUUUUAAGUCAUGAUGCAAGAAUCUGGGACGGAGGCGACGAGCAACGGACCAGCCAGUCAAAAUGGAGGAGCGAGUGCGGAGGGCGGGUCCAGGGAGGCACGACCCAAGAGUGCCACGCCGUCAGUGGAGGUGACUGCAGCCGACUUCAUGCAUCUCCAGCAGCACCAGGCUCUCCAAGUGGCUCGACAGAUACUCCUCCAACAGCAGCAGCAGCAGCAGCAGCAGCAGCAGCAACAACAACAACAGCCCCAGUCACAUCAAAUGCAGUCUCAACAAAACACUGGCCGCAAAUCCCCCAAAGCCAGUGACAAGCAGCAAAGCCUACAGGUUCCAGUGUCAGUGGCUAUGAUGACACCUCAAGUGAUAACUCCACAGCAGAUGCAGCAGAUCCUUCAGCAGCAAGUCCUGAGCCCUCAGCAGCUUCAGGUUCUUCUCCAGCAGCAACAGGCCCUCAUGUUACAGCAGCAGCAACUCCAAGAAUUCUACAAGAAGCAGCAGGAACAGCUCCACCUCCAGCUCCUACAGCAGCAGCAGCAGCAGCAGCAGCAACAGCAGCAGCAUGCAGGCAGCAAGCAGAGUAAAGAGCAGCAGGUGUCAGCACAGCAGUUGGCCUUCCAGCAGCAGCUCCUGCAGGUCCAGCAGGUCCAGCAGCAGCACCUCCUCAACCUUCAGAGGCAAGGGCUGCUCACCAUCCAGCCUGGACAGACCGGCCUACCGCUGCACUCCCUCACUCAGGGCAUGAUUCCAGCAGAGCUGCAGCAACUGUGGAAGGAGGUGACAAAUGCUCACGUGAAGGAGGAGCACAACAGCAGCAACAACGGCCACCGGGGCCUCGACCUGUCCUCCCCGGCACCGCCAAAGAACCCACUCCUCAACCAGCAUGCCUCCACCAACGGGCAAUAUAUGAGUCAUAAGAGAGAAGGGUCAACGCUAGAAGAGCCUUCCCCCCACAGUCACCCUCUAUAUGGUCAUGGGGUUUGCAAGUGGCCUGGAUGUGAGGCAGUGUUCGAUGAUUUCCAGUCAUUCCUCAAGCAUCUUAACAAUGAGCACGCCCUGGAUGACAGGAGCACGGCCCAGUGUCGGGUGCAAAUGCAGGUCGUACAACAGCUGGAGCUGCAGCUAGCGAAAGACAAAGAGCGUCUGCAAGCCAUGAUGACGCACCUUCAUGUCAAGUCCACAGAGCCCAAAGCCACCCCACAGCCGCUCAACCUGGUGUCCAACGUCACAUUGUCUAAGUCGGCCCCUGAGGCCUCUCCUCCUCUGAGCCUGCCCCAGACCCCCACCACGCCCACAGCGCCCCUCACACCUCUAUCCCAGACCCACUCCGUCAUCACAGCCAACAGCCUCCACAGCGUGGGCCCCAUGCGACGGCGCUACUCAGAAAAGUACAACAUGCCCAUCUCUCCAGAUAUCAGUCAGAACAAAGAGUUUUACAUGAAUGCAGAUGUUAGACCACCAUUCACAUACGCCUCACUAAUAAGACAGGCAAUCCUCGAAUCUCCAGAAAAGCAGCUAACACUAAACGAAAUCUACAACUGGUUCACACGAAUGUUUGCAUAUUUCAGGCGCAACGCAGCGACGUGGAAGAAUGCAGUCCGGCAUAAUCUUAGUCUUCACAAGUGUUUUGUGCGAGUAGAAAACGUAAAAGGGGCUGUGUGGACAGUCGACGAAAUAGAGUUCCAAAAGAGACGGCCUCAAAAGAUCAGUGGAAGUCCAGCCUUAGUGAAGAACAUUCAGACCAGCUUGGGCUAUGGUCCGGCCCUCUCCGCUGCCUUCCAGGCUUCAAUGGCAGAAAACAACAUACCUCUAUACACUACUGCUUCCAUUGGAAGUCCCACCCUCAACUCCCUGGCUAACGCCAUCCGUGAGGAGAUGAAUGGAGCAAUGGACCAUGGAAACAGCAACGGCAGUGACAGCAGCCCGGGACGCUCGCCCCUGCCAGCUAUGCAUCACAUCAGCGUUAAGGAGGAACCACUGGACCCCGAAGACCACGAAGGGCCUCUCUCCCUGGUAACGACUGCCAAUCAUAGUCCAGAUUUCGAUCACCACAGAGAUUACGACGACGACCAGGGCCACGACGACAUGCUGUAAGGCUAGCGCCGCCGCCUGCCACCAACACCACCCCACCCCCUCCCUCCCCCAGCCUCAGAGGCUGAGGCAGUCUGGGUCAUCUGGGAGACGGAGACGCUCCGCAGAUAACAAACACUGAACUGCAGUCUCAGCCACUGAUGACAGCUCUCAAAUGUUUCCAAGUUAACUUUUUAGUGCCAUUACAAUACAUAGCAAAAACACACACACACACACAAAAAAAAAAAACAGAAUACACCUCACAUGAGGUUCCUUUUUUCUGAUUCCUUUCUACUUUUGAUUUAAGUAAAAGCUUAAAAAAGUGAAAACUUUUCGUUUCUACUCAUGUGUCGGACGGACUUGUUUGGUACGGGGGGACGGGCGACGUGUUUGCGGUCACACUCUGGGAGACCCUCGCUGUGCAGCCGGGACGCACUGCACUCUGCGGACUGCAGGGGGGGGGGGGGGGGGGUCUCUCCCCCACACACUCUCUCUCUCUCUCUCUCUCUCUCUCUCUCUCUCUCUGCCACCCCCCCACCCCCUCAGACACACACACACACACACACAUCUAACCACAAACUGAAGAAAGAGACAGAGAGAGAAAGAGAGAGAGAAUGACUGACGUUUAAUUUACACCGUGUGUAUGCGUGUGUGAGAGGGAGAGCGAGUGCGGACUUCUGUUCAUUGUCACUGCCUUCAACACUUCUGAUUGGUUUGAUUCCAUCUAGGGUGGGAGGGAUAAUGUUUUCAUUUGGGUGUAUUAUUUUUGUUGGGGGGAGUUGAGAGGUUAUAAAAUAUCAACAUAAUGUGUCUUUUCCAUCAUUCAAUGCUGUUAUUGAUGUUUUUGUUUUGUUUAUUUCUUUAAACUGAUCAGACCUCAUGCCCAUGCUGUGGAGAUUCUGUGUGGUCAGCACUUGAUGAUGAAUGUUUAUGAUUUCCUUUCAUGUUGUUCUUUUAAAACACACACACACACACACGAAGCAGAAUGUCAGAUACCAAGCAGUGUUUUCCUGUCAUUUAUUCCACAAUCUUCCAAAAAAAAAAAGGAAAAAAAAAGUCACCAUUCUUGACAUGUAGCCCACCCCUCACUCCCUCCCCUCCCUGCCUCCCUCCCUCCUCCUCCUCCCCCCUCCUUCUCAUGAAGUCCAUUGGCGAUGCACUACUCAUAAUGAAGGCUCUCUCCACGCAUCAAUGAAGCUUAAUUUAAGAUGCGAAUGAAUGACAGAGAAAUCAUGCAGGUUAUGAUUUAUCCUUAUGAAAUUAUACUUUAAAACAGCCCCUCACGGCAGAGCAUGCUUAGCUGCAACAGAAUUUCUGAUCACCUACAAGCUCCGGGUUUUUUUUUUUUUUUUUUUUCGAAAAAGCAAAAUGAAAAUGUCAGGUGUGUGCCGGCGAGAUAAUGAUUUAGACCAACUAAUUGUGAUUCCUGAACACAACUGUCAUUGUUAAUCAAACGUGUCUGCUUUCUCCACGCCAUAAUUUCACUCAGAGUUCGAAAGAUAAACGUGCAUUCCCUGUAGUUUUAUUUGUAUCACGCGCAUGACUAAGUUUUAAGUUUUAGUGAGUGUUAAUAAUUGCACACCAGAUGAAAUGCUCAUUUUUCUUUUCUUUCAAGGGAACAAAACAUUUUCCCAACUUGCAAUAAGACCUAAACAUUGCACAUUCCAACAUUUGACAGCCAUCGUUAAAGGACCCCCACGUAUAGUACAUGCCAUUUAGGAAGUGUGGAGACCUCAAUGUUCAGUGUCAUCCAAAAAGCCAAUAGUUGUAGUCCAUAGUGCUGAACCGAGGGAGAUCCACAUGUGGUUUUGUGAUGCAGCAACAAAAAAUAUUCCAGCCUUGGUAGAGUUAAAUUUUAAAGAGACCAUUAAUUUCAAGACUGCAAUCAACCACUUUUAAUUUUUUAUUUAUUAUUAGUAUUAUUAUUAUUUUAUGUUUUAUUUGGCUUUUUUUUUAGUUGUUGGUGUUGUUUUAUUAUCUUGUUCUGUGACUACCAAAGAUAAACUACAAAGUCAAUGUUGUGUGUUCCAUGCAAUAGCAGAUAAGGCCAAAUAUGUCUCCUGCCAUUCUCUUCCAUCGGACGAUCCCAGCGGCCGCGAUCGAGCCGGUGGCAGACCGAAUCGAGGGUGAACUGCUCCUCAAACUGGUGUUUUCAUUCAUUUUUAUUGUAAGGGGAAAAAAAACCAAAGGGGGUGUCUCAAACAGGAUAGCUGCAGUUAAAUGUUUUGCAGUGACCAAAAUCUGAAUGGGAAGCGCUGACAGUCUGACUACACAAUGACCAAAUUAGGGAAACUUUUUUUUUUUUUUUUUUUCUUCUUUUUUGUCUUUGGGGCCAGUGAGUGGAAAAGGGAGCUUUUUGGUCAGGAGCAGAUAUGUGUGCAACAUAAAGGGUAUGUAGAUAAAGCUGAUGAGGAAAAAUAGCUUUGCAGAGAACAAUGUGAAAUGGAUUCUAUACUUCAACUGGACCACACAAUGAUUCAAUGUUUCUCUUCUUUUUUUUUUUCCUUUAACAUCUGUAUCCUUUGAAAUGAUUGUAUGCCACUUUUUAGGGGUUUUAGUGUCUUUGUUAAGAUUGGCAAGACUUUAUGAUUGUGUUUAGUUUCUGUCAACUUAUUACUUUUUAUAUUAAAAAACACUCCUGUCAACUAAUAAGCUGGGUACAAGGUACUUUAUGGCAGUUAUUGUUAUUGUUAUUAUUAUUUUUUUUAAGUUCACCGCUCAUUAACUAAAAAGGAAAAGGGCAAUCUGUGGUUUCCAGAAGAUGUAUUUAAUAUCCAGGCAGCUGUGGGAUGGGUCAGUUACAGCCGGGCUAGGAUCGUGAGAACAGGGCCGAGCUCGUCCACAAACCCCCCAGUCAUCUGGCUGGUUUGUUUGGUAUUCAAAAAGGAGGGAAAAGUGCUGGUAGAUUAGAACAUUCUCAGCAUGUGUAGCUUGACAUUACUAAAGAUAACAGCAUGAGAAAACCGUUAGUACGCAUACCUCAUUUCAAAGCUAUAGGGAAUGAUUCAAUUAAAAUGAGAAGAAAAAAUAAACAAACAUUUCACUCAGUUGCACUCAGUUGUAUGUCUUGCAUGUGUAGUCUGAUACUGUAGAGAGAAAAGUACAAAAAAAAUAAUAAGAAAACUGAAAUUAGAGCUUGUUUAUCUUAAAGGUUUCAUCCUUUUUUCUUUCUUUUUUUUUUGCCAAAAACCAAUCCAAACCUCAGGCCUUUUGUUCAUGGAGAUAUCACCCAGCUGUGUGUGGCACCAUUCAUCCUGUCAAAGUCUGUUCUCUGAUGGGUUGUUUUAAGGGCGUUCCAAUAUUAGGUUGUACAUACAUGUCAGUAUAGCCUUUGUCUUUUCCUGUCCUUUCUCCCCUCUCUCUCUAUCUCUCUCUCUCUCUCUCUCUCUCUCUCUCUUUUUUUUUUUUUUUUGUUUUUUUAUGAUCAAAAAAUACAUUUGUGUUAUGAUGUUUGCUUUAUCGCCACUGCUUUGUAUUAACUAUGAAAUAGCUAUGAGAAAAAAAAAACUGCUGUAUGUAUUGGAAUAGCAAACUGUGCUGCAAAUGUAUUUUACUUAGUAAUCCUUGCUUUAAAAAAAAAAAAAAGAAAAAACAGAAAAAAAAAUCACAUCAUCCUCGCAGACAUCUGGGUGAGCUGGGCAGGGGCAGGCUGGGGGGGAGAUUAUCCCCGAUUUUGGAUUUUAAACUGUAAUAUAGAAAACAGACUUUUCUCUGUUUAUCAUUGACCUAAGCAUUUUGUACAGAUUUUUUUCCCUCUUUGUGUUAAGCUGUUUUUUGAUACUUCCUUUUGAUGGUCCAACCACUGCCUUCUGUGGCUGUAUGUUAAAGAUUACUGCUCUGAGAAAAAGGGCAGACAGGUAUAUUUCCUCUACAAGACGGAGAUAUCUUGCAUGACUAAUCCCAGGGUCACAGAGAUUGGGGGGGUGGGAGUGGGGGGCGAGGAGGGUAUGGUUUAAGUGGUCAGUAAUAAUAUAAGGGUGUAUCAAUCUAAUGAUAUUUUAUAUGAAAUUAAUAGGAAAAAGAAGAAAAAUAUGCAGUGCCAAGAUGUAAAGAAUAUUGUUAAAUGCUGUCUUUUUUUUCUUUAUUUCCUUUUUUUUUUGUCGGAGAAAUUCACUUCACUCGCAUCAAAGAUGUGUCCGUAUCAUCCACGUCAUGUAGGUAAAACACACACAUUUUCUUUGGCAUCAAGAUAUUUAUAUUUUUAUCUCAAGGGUCAUUGUAAAAAUGAGUCGAACCAAGCACAGCAGGCGGGUCAAAGGUGAGAGAUUCAGAGUGCUAACGUCCUGCAAACUGCGGCCGUGUGGUGUCAGAUUCCCCCUCACACACACACACACACAUACACACCCCAACACCAGAACUAAGAACACCAUUGUUUUCAUCCAUCACCGACCAUCCAGCCCCACUGUCAUUCCGUCCCCUUCUUUCUCCCUCUCUCACGUCACAUUUUUUCUUUUUUUUUACCACAUGGAAGUGGGUGGGGUGGGGGUGUUGGAGGAAGGGAGAGAAGAGGGGGUGGGGGGUGGUGGGGAGCAGCAAAGAGCUGUCACGGUGCUCUCAUCCUGCAGCAGCUUGACUUUCUUUCUCUUUUUCUUUGAAGAUGUACUCUGUAGUUUCUUUCUUCCUGUUUUUUUUUUUUAGAGAGAAAUAUUAUUGCUCAUCAUUUCCAUCAGUCUGUAACCUCCUCAUCAUUCCUUGUCUGUCUGAUGCAGACCACUCUGUUGUAGUCAGUGGCGAUGACUGACGUGAGCAUUCUAAACAUGCAAUAAAAUGCUGGUUGUUCA